CCUCCUCCCCCGGCGCCGCCGCCGCCGCCGCCGCCACCGCCGCCCGCCGCGCGGGGUCCUAAAGCCGCGCGACUCAAGAGGAUGGUGCGCCUGGCCGCGGAACUGCUCCUGCUGCUGGGGCUGCUGCUGCUCACGCUGCACAUCACGGUUCUGCGCGGAUCCGGAGCCGCCGACCGGCCAGACGCGGCCGCGGGCAACGUCAGCGGGUCUCAGCUGCAGAAUAACCUCAACUUGGAGAGUGAUUCCACAUCAGAAACCAGCUUUCCUCUGUCCAAAGAAGUCCCAGGGGAGCACCAAGUCGUCCACCAACCCUUCCCUAGACAGCGAUUCCCUCAAGAGACUGGGCAUCCUUCAUUGCAAAGAGACGGCCCCAGAUCCUUUCUUCUUGACCUACCAAACUUUCCAGAUCUUUCCAAAGCUGAUAUCAAUGGGCAGAAUCCAAAUAUUCAGGUCACCAUAGAGGUGGUCGACGGUCCUGACUCUGAAGCAGAAAAGGAUCAGCAUCCAGAGAAUAAACCCAGCUGGUCAGUCCCCGCUCCUGACUGGCGGGCCUGGUGGCAGAGGUCCUUGUCCUUGGCCAGGACAAACAAUGGGGACCAGGACUACAAGUAUGACAGUACCUCAGAUGACAGCAACUUCCUCAGUGUUCCUAGGGGGUGGGACCGUCCAGCCCCAGGCCACCGGACUUUUGAAGCCAAAGAGCAGCCAGAAUAUGAUUCCACAGACGGUGAGGGUGACUGGAGUCUCUGGUCUGUCUGCAGCGUCACCUGUGGAAAUGGCAACCAGAAACGGACCCGUUCUUGUGGUUAUGCAUGCAUUGCCACAGAAUCGAGAACCUGUGACCGUCCAAACUGCCCAGGAAUUGAAGACACUUUCAGGACAGCAGCCACCGAAGUGAGUCUGCUUACGGGAAGCGAGGAGUUUAAUGCCACCAAGUUGUUUGAAGUUGACAUGGACAGCUGUGAGCGAUGGAUGAGCUGCAAAAGUGAGUUCUUAAAGAAAUACAUGCACAAGGUGAUCAAUGACCUGCCCAGCUGUCCCUGUUCCUACCCCACUGAGGUGGCUUACAGCACGGCUGACAUCUUUGACCGCAUCAAGCGCAAGGACUUCCGAUGGAAGGAUGCCAGUGGGCCCAAAGAGAAACUGGAGAUCUACAAGCCUACUGCCCGGUACUGCAUCCGCUCUAUGCUGUCCCUGGAGAGUACUACAUUGGCUGCCCAGCACUGUUGCUAUGGUGACAACAUGCAGCUCAUCACCAGGGGCAAAGGGGCAGGCACGCCCAAUCUCAUCAGCACCGAGUUCUCUGCUGAGCUCCACUACAAAGUGGACGUUCUGCCCUGGAUCAUCUGCAAGGGCGACUGGAGCAGGUAUAAUGAGGCCCGGCCUCCCAAUAAUGGACAGAAGUGCACGGAGAGCCCUUCUGAUGAGGACUACAUUAAGCAGUUCCAAGAGGCCAGGGAGUACUAAAGCACCACAAAUGCACUGAUCUGCCAACUGUCACCCAGUUUUUUAACCCACAGUUUUGUAUAUUUGUAUAUUCCACAUGAGUAUUUUUCUAAGUACACUAGGGGUACGCACCAGGUCUGGGGGACUGCUAUGUCCAUUGCCUACAAACCAUAUUGGAAGUCCUCCUAGUGGCUGUGUAGGCAGGAAAAGGAACCUGGGAGCCAUAGUGGGUAUGAUUCAAUUCCCACCUCCAUCCUGUGCACAGGAGGAGCACAGAGACUGAGGUUGUAAACAUUAUAAGCAGUUUUUAUAUAUAACUUAUUUAAUACGAAUGUGACUUAAGCUUAACCUUUUCUCUGGAGUUGUCCUUGUAAAAAAUUAUUUAAUCACUUCUGAGAGAGCUCAAAAAGGAAAGGACUUGGGAGAAUGGAGAGAAAAGGAAUUUUGCCGUGGAAAUGCAUCAAAUCAAGAAAACAGCCACCUUACACCUGGUGCUCUUGAGUCAUAGGGUGCUUGCUGGAGCCACAGAUGCCAACACUUUCUUGUCCUUAGACUAGGCAAGGGGUGGGUAGUAAGUGAAUGUUUAGAGCCAAAUCUAAGACACGGUUUUAAAUGGCUUUAAAAUAAAUAAAUUUCCAGUGUGGUUCUACUAAGGAGCCCCAGCCGUAGCAUUUCUGCUCUGCCUUAACAAGCUCAGAAGACUGAAGGAACUUCAGGAGUAAGGCUGGGAGUGGCACUUUCCAAAAGAAAAAAGCAAAGCAAGUGGGAAAAUAAUAUGGGCCCAUUUAGUCUAUUUUAUUUUAAUAUAACAACUUUUCUCCACCAAUAUAUUCCCAGCAAAUAAAUAUAAAAGGGGGUGGUGAGAGCUGAUGGCUGGGAAAUCCUGAUUUUUUUAUGUUUUGAGGAAAAAAAACCUGCAUUAUUUUUGUAAAGUAUUUAUUGAGUUAUUGGAUAUUUUGCAUCGUGCAGUUAGAAGAUGGCUCAGUUCUGUGGGGUAGAACUGGGAGGGCAGAUGAAAAGUUGGCUCUUAUGCAACCUUACCUGCAAAACUCCAGGAAAAGAGAUAUAUAAUAAAAUCAUAAUCAAAUGUG